ACCACAGCUGGCUCGUCGAAGUAAAUAGACUCAAAUUGAAAAAACAAUUUAAUUUAAUUUGGAAAAUAGUGCAAAAAUGCCCGCCCACUGCGCCGUGGUAAACUGCAGCCAUAAGUACGUGCACGCCGGCAGCAUUUCCUUUCACAGAUUUCCCUUCAAACGAAAAGAUCUUCUCCAGAAAUGGAAGGAGUUCACCCAGCGGAGCGGUCAAUGGAUGCCAUCCAAAUGGAGUGCGGUGUGCAGCCGGCACUUUGUUGACGGGGACUUCAAUUGCAGCAAUAAUAGGAAAACGCUCAAAAAGAAUGCUGUGCCCUCAGUAAGAGUUUCUGAAGAGGAUUCCGCAAAUUUCCACUUGGAACAGGUUUCCCCCAGUAGCAGGCCCAUUCACAAACAGACCCUCGCCAGUGCAGCUGAAUCGCCGGCAACCGGGGUUAAGGCCACUUGCCGCUUUUGCGGCUCCUCUGCCACCAACUGCUCUUCGUUCGAUAAGAGUUUCGAGCUCUUUGGCAUGAUCCAGAAGUGUUUUCCCACGCUCCAGAUCCUGCAGGACGACACCCUGCCCAAGGAUAUAUGCAAGGACUGCUGCCUUCAACUGGAGCGCUUUUCCCAGUUCAUCGAUGUGGUGAUGCAGGCGCAGAGUGAGCUGCAGAGGAAAUACCGCCGCCAGUUGAAGAUCAAACAGGAACCCUUUGUCCGUGUGAAACAAGAGGCUUGCGAGAGUCUGGACAACCUGUUUCCCGACGAACUGGACAUGGGUUUGGAGCAGGACGAGGGUUGCGAUCAGGAGGAAACAGAGCAGAAGUUUCAGUUCUGCGAUUUCCCCAUGCUAAACUCACAGGACAUCAUCAACAAUUGUGAUAUCAUGGAGAUUAUAAAUUUGGAUGAUGCAUUCAUCAACAUUCCGGACGAUGCGGAUGUGGGGCAGUCGGAGAGAACGCAACCUGGAAGGACGGCCAACGAAAUGCUGCAAACUGAGCUGCUGACCGAGGAGCAUAACUACGCCAAAGAGGAAUGGCAAUUGCCACCGCACCAGUACAAAACGGAGAAGGUGGAAGGGGCAGAGGCCGCUCCGGACGCUGCUCCUGUGCCUGCUAAUCCACCACCGAUUCAGGAUUUGACACCCGUUCCACCCGCUCUAGAAGCCCGUUCUUGCAAACCGAUUGUGACCAAUGUAAGCCAGAUUCCCAAUCCUUUGAUCUGCGAACUGCUGCCACCACCUGCCCCUCCAACUUCAGUCAAACCCAACAUUGUGGUGCUAAACGACAGUGUGGUGGAAUCCUCAGCGGCCUUUCGGCUGCACAACUGCACCUUGUGCACUGCUAAAUUCAUAACUAUUGAUAGCCUAAAUCAGCACUAUAAUCACAGUCACAAUAAUGCCACUCCCAUGGUCAGCGUUCCUCCAAUGAAUAUAAGUUUGCCCAGCUUAACAAUGAACCCACCGAUGAAACUGGAGGGCCACAGAGGAUUCGUGGCAGCUGAGCAAUUGGAUUACUGGCAGUCAGAGUGGCAGAAUAGCCCUGUGUCCACGCAACCACGCAAGAAGAUUGAUAUACUGGACAUGCAGAGCAGUUUCCUGCAUCACAAAGAUCUCAUUCCCACAGCAACUCAGCUAACAGCACCGGCCCCUGAUCCUCAACUGGCUGCUGUGACCGCUAACUACGCCAAAUUGGCAGUUAGAUAUCGCAAAUUGCAGAUGAAGUGCAAAGGUAUGAAAAACCAUAGGAAAAGGCGUCGGAAGAAUUAUACUUGUCGGAUGUGCAGAAAAGGAUUUUCCAGUAUUAGGAAGUUACACCACCACCGUCGUUUGAAGGAGCACUGUGUAAGGUUAAUACCUUACUUUUCCGGCCGUUGUUCUGGUUGCUUGAAAUUCUUUCGGUCGCGCUUGGGCCUUCGCCAGCACAUGCGUUACAUUUGUCAAUCGUUGUCGCUCAAAAACCACCGGCGUCUGCAGAGCUUCAAGUGCCGCCACUGCCAGGCCAUAGCCUUUGCCCACUGGCGCCUGUACCGACGUCAUGAGCUCAAUUGCCGAAUCCGAAAAUCCAAAAUGAAGGUCCAGAUUGCAACGAAUUCAAAAAAGAAAGUCACGCCCGCCCAGGUUUUCGAGUGCAAUAUUUGUAAAAAGGCGUUCGGAUCGCUUAACGGACUCCGCCAGCACAAUAUUACCCACUCGACGGAACGUCAGCACAAGUGCGGCAUCUGCGAGCGUGUUUUCAAGCGGCGCAACGGACUAUCCCAACACAUUAAGGGCUACCAUCUGCAGCUCAAGCCGCACGAGUGUCCGGUCUGUCAGCAUCGCUAUGCCCUGAAAUGUGAUAUGUUGAGGUGCAGACAUUCCCUUCGAAAGGGGCCAGCUGCCGGGGAGUGACAGGAGUCCAGGAGAAGAGUGACAAUUGGACAAGUAAUAGCAUUCCUAGCAGAAGAUUAGCUAUUUCGAUUGCUACGAAAUCAGGGUUAGAUAAUAUGUUGCAUUUUUAAUUACCUCGUAUUUAUGGAAUACAUUUCCCUUCCUUAGAUCCUAUAUUAACACGCGGACCAUUGACACCCGAAGGCGUGUAUGGCUCGGAGUUUUCGUGUCAGCACUAGGCAUAAAGUCACUGCAUGUGGUACUUAGCUGGUGGUCUCGCACCAUAGCCCGCAAGGUGAUGAAGAGGUCGCAGCACAACUGAAAUAGCUGCUUGCCAGAGGCACUGGUGAUAAACUCUUCCAUGUAUCAACACAUUGGAAUAACGCUUGACUGAUCACGAACAAGGUUUGACACCGGGACACAACAAAUGAACAAGCUUUAAAAUUCAAGACUUUGUA